ACUGUAUCUCCCUGCGCUGCUGUUUGUGACUCAGUAAAAAUAGUUUGGACUCACGUGUUGGCCAGAAAUUAGCCCCUGAAUCAGCCAGCAGGUGUGUCAUCGCUCGAUCCAGAGACCCCGGGCUGUCUGAGCCUCAGAUCCCGCCCCUCCUGCCUACCUGCUGCUGCGCCUCCAGCCUCUCCAGUGAGCGCUCUCGCUGCGUAAUGGCCACAGGAGCGUCUGCCACCGCCAAACCUCGUCUCCAGAUGGAUUACGAGACCAAGAUUUUCCCUCACACCGGCGGUUAUGGGCGCUAUAACCGAAUCGUGGUCGUCUUCAGCUGGUUCCCCAGUUUCGCGGUCAUGUUGAACCUCUUCAGCGACGUUUUUUACACCCUGAUCCCGGACUCGUACCACUGCAGAGCGGACCCGAAGCUGCUUCCCUCCACUUUCCUCCUCAGCAACUUCUCCAGGCAGGGAUACCUGAACCUCACCAUCCCCUGGGUGAACGGCUCCGGGUUCAGCCACUGUCAACUUUACAAAUACCCUCCCAACACCUCGGAUUUUUCUCAUAACGUGCCGAAGGAGAGGGUGUCCUGCACCCAGGGGUGGGAGUACUCUGUUGCGGCGGGGCUGCAGAGCAACUUUGUGACUGAGUGGAAUCUAGUUUGCAGUAACUACUGGAACGUCCCUGUGCAGCACAUCGGCUUCAUGACAGGGUGGAUUCUGGGAUACGUCUUUCUUGGUACACUGUGUGACUGGUUGGGUCGUCGGAGAACUUUCCUCCUUUCCAUCAGUCUGUCCAGUCUGUUCGGGGCGGCCGUCUGUCUGUCCAGCAGUCCGGUGGUGUUUCUGCUGCUGCGUCUGUCUCAGGGCGUCAUGCUGGCCGGAGUGUUUGUGUCGUCCUACGUUGCCAGGUUGGAGCUGUGUGACCCUCCACAUCGUCUCAUGGUCGCCAUGGUCAGCGGCUUCUUCGGUGUGUUUGCAGAGCUGCUGUUGCCAGGCGUCGCCGUCCUGUGCCGUGAUUGGCCCGUUCUCCAAGCGGUGGCCACGCUGCCUUUGCUCCUGCUGCUUUCCUAUUGGUGCUGUGCAUCAGUUUUUCCGGAGUCUCCUCGCUGGCUGUUGGCUACGACUCGGAUUCCUCAGGUGAAGAAGAGCCUCCGGGAAUUCUCCACCAGAAAUGGUGUUUUUCUGCAGGAUGAGAUCUACCCGGGGGAAACCCUGCUGUCAGAGAUAGAUUCAGUGUACGGAGAUGACUGUCAACCAAGUUACCAUUCAGUUCUGGAGAUGCGUCGGACUCGUGUCAUCUGGAAGAACUGCCUCAUUCUCAGCUUCACUCUGUUCAUUGGGACAGGCAUCCAGUACUGUUUCACCAGAAACCUGCACAGUUACUCCACCAACUUCUACUUCAGCUACUUCCUCCGAGUGACAACAGGAGCUGUCGGCUGCAUCUUCAUCUGUCUGUCUGUGAAUCACUUCGGUCGGCGUGGCAUGCUGCUGCUGUCCGCCAUCAUCACUGGACUGUCGUCGCUGCUUCUGCUGGCCCUCACUCCGUACCUCCAAGGCGGCCUGGUGUUGGUGCUCUCCGUCGUGGGUUUGCUGUUCUCUCAGGCUCUCGCGAUGCUCAGCGCGUUCUUCGCCUCUGAGGUGAUGCCAACUGUCGUUCGAGGUGGCUGCCUUGGCCUGGUUCUGGCCUCGGGUUGUGUUGGAAUGGCCGCCUCCUCCCUGAUGGAGCUCCAGAACAACGGCGGCUACUUCCUCCACCAUGUCAUCUUCGCCUCCUUCGCUGUCCUCUCUGUCCUCUGCAUUAUGCUCCUACCAGAAAGCAAACGCAAGCCGCUUCCAGACUCCCUGAAGGAGGGCGAGAGCCAGCGACGGCCGCCUCUCUUCCUGUCUCGACCCGACAGAGACAACCUUCCUCUGCUGUGCACACGGCAGCCUUUGUCAGAAUACAACCCUGACAAUUAUUCCCGCCUGGUCUCUGCCACCAGGAAGAUGUUGACUAAAGAUCAUUUGGCUUAUAGGAUUGCUGUGCCAGCUCAUCCCCCUCUGCUGUUGGACAGUGACACACAGGAACAAGAGAAUGAGACACAGAAAGAGAUUGUAUCUUGAAUCUGUUAACAGACUCUCCUCAUCCUCCUCUGUACAGACUUGGAUUAUCCUCCCUACUUCCAGACAUACCUCUAACAGUCUACAACCAGCCUUCACGGAAAAAUUGUAAUUGAAGAACUGACCUCAAUUUGGAUGCACUUUAGAGCGAUGGCUCCUGCUGUCGAUUUUGAGCAAUAUGAGGUGCAAUCAAGCGACUGUGUCUGAUUUACAUGAAGUCACUAUCACAUUCAAAAUAGUCUUUUGUGCAAUGAUACACUGCUCCCACUAAUGGCACAACGUUUGUAAAGCUCCCUGAAGUCCAGUUCUGACCGCUUUGCAAUUUGCAAUUUCACCAUGGACGUCAAACUUGCGCAAACAUCAAACAUAAACAUCUGUGUCCAACUGAUGAUGCCAAGGAUCAACACCGAUGACCAGAGUUGGAUCCAUGGCUGUGAACUGCAGACCAAACAGCAAACCUCAGUAGAAGGACAUACAGAACCCAACACUAUACAAGUUGCAUCUGAUGAGCAGUGCAACAAACAGCAAUGCCUGUAACUUUUGUGAAUUCGUCCCACAGCCACUGAGUUCAGAAUAAAUGACCUAACUGCAGCGCAUGCAAACAUGUGCCUUAUCACAGUGCAAUUUUUUGACUACACCAACAUAAUUGUCACUCUUCCACCACCCGACUUGCCAGAUUUGGUUCCCAAGGUGGAGGACAAUCUGCGCAUCAUGUGACUUCCAGAUGAGUCUUCAGUGUUUAUUCCAAACGUGGCAGGAGCUCUGGGAGCAGAGUAUCAUUGCACAAGAUCACUACUUCAAAUAGGACGUUGAUCAAGUUUAAAUCCGGUGUUGUUUUUGCUUUUUAUAGGCACAGUCUUGUUACUUCUUGAUUGCAUCUCAUAUCCAUGUUUUGUUGUUCUGUUUUACUUUUAUAUGGUGAUGUUUUCUCAGUUAAAGUCAGGUAAUGUCCUGGGUAACUGACACCUUAUACAGCUAGAGUUUGUUAUUCACAAUUUCGUAGGGUCCAGGAAUUUCCCUGUUGAACUGUAACACUGCAUGUUCUGUAUGUUUUCCUGAGGUACCUCCCCUUGAUAGUGACCUCACACUGACAAUUUAGUUUGAAUGCUUCAACAGAGAUCAGCAGACAUUAGUUUCAUCAGAUGAACUCUGUUUUGCAGCUGCUACCAAACAUACAAGCAGAGGCCUUUAUUCAUUAACUAGUAGCCUAAUGCAUGCACUUUUUAUUAAAUCUGUCUGAUUCACCAGAAGUAUCUCAGUGCUGAGAGGAGCCCGAGAUUGACCAGGAAGCACAAGACUGGUUCAAACUGUUCAUGUAAGAUAUGAAAAAGGGCGCUAAAUGAUGCACUGGUUAUUAAUAUGACGACAGAGUCAAUGGGCCUUUAUCUAGCAUUUUUAACAUGACCUUGUCCCACUAACAUAUCUCAGUAAUGCAAAUAUUAUGGCUAAAUGUUAGUAUUUAGUUAAAUGUUGGGCUGUUAUCAGACUCUAUAAACUACUUGGGUUUCCAAGCUUAGACUGAAAGAAUGUGCUUUUUUUUAAACUUCUUUUUUGACAAUAGCUGAUGAAUUUACAAAUGUACUUAUCACUCUUGCUUUAGUCUGUCUGGAGUCACACAACUGAAACAUAACACUGGUUUCACUGCUUCAGAAUUAAACAAGGCCAGCCGUAACUGGAGGGCAUCAGAUUUUUCCACAACUUAUCAUUUAAUGUUUCUAUAAUUCUUUAUAUGUUUAAUAAGACAUUUCAUUACAGAUCUACUUCUUUCAGCUCUGUGACUGGAAUUGUUUUGUUUUUUUAAGGUUGCCUUUUUGUGAGAUGUCAUGAAGUAAAAGUUUACUGUUUGUGAA